UCUCACGUCCCCAGGCCUAGGUCCGCGUCCCGCCCGGCCUGCCGCUGCCUGAGCACCCGCCGCCAUGUCGCGGUUUUUCACCACCGGCUCGGACAGCGAGUCCGAGUCUUCCCUGUCCGGGGAGGAGCUGGCGCCCAAACCCGUGGGGGGCAACUACGGCAAACAGCCAUUGCUGCUGAGUGAAGAUGAGGAGGACACUAAGCGAGUUGUUCGAAGUGCCAAGGAUAAAAGGUUUGAGGAGCUGACCAACCUUAUUCGGACCAUCCGGAAUGCCAUGAAAAUUAGGGAUGUCACUAAAUGUCUUGAGGAAUUUGAGCUUCUGGGAAAGGCAUUUGGAAAAGCCAAGAGCAUUGUGGACAAAGAAGGUGUCCCCCGAUUCUAUAUCCGCAUCCUGGCUGAUCUGGAGGACUAUCUCAAUGAGCUAUGGGAGGACAAGGAGGGAAAGAAGAAGAUGAAUAAGAACAAUGCCAAGGCUCUGAGCACCUUGCGUCAGAAGAUCCGUAAAUAUAAUCGGGAUUAUGAAGCCCAGAUCACCAGUUACAAACAGAACCCUGAGCAGUCUGCAGAUGAGGAUGCUGAGAAAAAUGAGGAGGACUCAGAAGGUUCUUCCUCUUCAGAUGAGGACGAGGAUGGUCUUAGUGCCACAAGUUUCCUGAAGAAAAAGUCUGAGGCACCAUCUGGGGAAAGUCGAAAGUUCCUCAAGAAGAUGGAGGAUGAAGAUGAGGACUCUGAGGAUUCUGAUGAUGAUGAAGACUGGGGUUCAGAUUCCACUUCCUCAGACUCUGACUCAGAGGAGGAAGAUGGGAAAUAUACUGUGUUGGCUUCCAAAUUCCUUAAAAAAGAGAGCACCACUGAGAAAAAGGCUGCAGAGAAGAAGCGAGAGGACAAAGCCAAGAAAAAGCAUGAGCCUAGAAAAUCCAAGCGCCUAGAUGAGGAGGAGGAGGAUAAUGAAGGCGGGGAGUGGGAGAGGGUUCGAGGAGGGGCACCGCUGGUCAAGGAGAAGCCUAAAAUGUUUGCCAAGGGAACAGAGAUUACCCAUGCAAUUGUAGUCAAGAAGCUGAAUGAAAUCCUGCAAGCUCGUGGCAAGAAAGGAACUGACCGUGCAGCCCAAAUUGAGCUGCUGCAACUGCUGGUUCAGAUCACGGCAGAAAAUAAUCUAGGUGAAGGAGUGAUUGUCAAGAUCAAAUUCAACAUCAUUGCUUCCCUCUAUGACUACAACCCCAACCUGGCCACGUAUAUGAAGCCAGAGAUGUGGCAGAAGUGCUUAGACUGCAUCAAUGAAUUGAUGGAUAUUUUAUUUGCAAACCCUAACAUCUUUGUUGGAGAGAAUAUCUUGGAAGAGAGUGAGAACCUAUCCAAUUUUGAGCAGCCACUUCGUGUUCGUGGUUGUAUCCUAACUCUUGUGGAAAGGAUGGAUGAAGAGUUUACCAAGAUCAUGCAGAACACAGAUCCUCAUUCCCAAGAAUAUGUGGAGCAUCUCAAGGAUGAGGCACGUGUCUGUGCCAUCAUUGAGCGUGUUCAGCGAUACUUGCAGGAAAAAGGAACAACUGAGGAGAUCUGCCGCAUUUACCUUCGCCGUGUGCUCCAUACAUAUUAUAAGUUUGACUAUAAGGCCCAUCAGCGACAGCUUGCUCCCCCAGAAGGGUCCUCAAAGUCAGAGCAAGAUCAGGCUGAAAAUGAGGGUGAGGAUUCUGCUGUACUGAUGGAGAGGCUGUGCAAGUACAUAUAUGCCAAGGAUCGGACAGACAGAAUUCGGACGUGUGCAAUCCUCUGCCACAUCUACCACCAUGCUCUUCACUCUCGCUGGUACCAGGCUCGGGACCUCAUGCUCAUGAGCCACCUACAGGACAACAUUCAGCACGCAGACCCUCCUGUGCAGAUCCUUUAUAACCGUACCAUGGUACAGUUGGGCAUCUGUGCUUUCCGCCAGGGCCUAACUAAAGAUGCACACAAUGCCUUGCUGGACAUUCAGUCCAGCGGCCGCGCUAAGGAGCUGCUAGGACAGGGUCUACUGCUUAGGAGCCUGCAGGAGCGAAAUCAGGAGCAGGAGAAGGUGGAGCGUCGACGUCAGGUGCCCUUCCACUUGCAUAUCAACCUGGAGCUGCUUGAGUGUGUCUAUUUGGUAUCUGCCAUGCUACUGGAGAUCCCAUACAUGGCAGCCCACGAAAGUGAUGCUCGGAGGCGCAUGAUCAGCAAACAGUUCCAUCACCAACUGCGAGUGGGCGAGCGGCAGCCCUUGCUUGGUCCACCUGAGUCAAUGAGGGAACAUGUAGUAGCAGCUUCUAAAGCCAUGAAGAUGGGUGACUGGAAGACUUGCCACAGCUUUAUUAUUAAUGAGAAGAUGAAUGGAAAAGUUUGGGAUUUGUUCCCUGAGGCCAACAAAGUCCGUACCAUGCUAGUCAGAAAGAUCCAGGAAGAGUCAUUGCGUACCUAUCUUUUCACCUAUAGCAGUGUCUAUGACUCUAUCAGCAUGGAGACCUUGUCUGAUAUGUUCCAGCUGGAUCUGCCCACUGUUCAUUCCAUAAUCAGCAAAAUGAUCAUUAGUGAGGAACUUAUGGCCUCUCUGGACCAGCCAACACAGACAGUGGUGAUGCACCGCACUGAGCCCACUGCCCAGCAGAACCUGGCCCUGCAGCUGGCAGAAAAACUAGGUAGUUUGGUGGAAAACAAUGAGCGUGUCUUUGACCAUAAGCAGGGGACCUAUGGAGGUUAUUUUAGAGAUCAAAAAGAUGGCUACCGAAAAAAUGAGGGAGGCUAUAUGCGUCGGGGAGGCUACCGCCAACAGCAGUCACAGACUUCCUACUGAUCUCCUCAGGGCAUGCUACCCCUGAAAUGUAACGUCCAUGCAGAGUAAUUAAAAGUCUAUAUUGUAUUGACACGA